CAACAGACGUUUUCACAGGUGGCGUCAGAAGUGAUUUUAUUCCCAUAAAGAGAAGACAUGAGGCAGCAGAAGCCUGACAUUUGAGGAGAAUUCGGAGUCUAAAACCAAGAAGCGCACAUCUGACAACAUGAGCUCAUUUCUCCGGAUUAUGCUGUUUGGAUCAACUCUGUCAAGCAAGAACAAACUCUGUAACUUCAUCCUAGGGAAGAAAAGUCUGGACACUCCUAGUUCUCAUCAAGCCAAGACAGUUGAAAAGGGGACAUGGAGAGGAAAGACCUUAGCCGUUGUGACACCCUCAGAAAGUCAGAUGGGAAAAGUCGAAAAAGAGGAGCUGAAAAACUGUGUGGGUCUUUGUCCUCCUGGACCAAAUGUUCUGCUGCUCUUAAUGAAUCCUUCCAACUUCACAGAAAAGGACAGAAGGUCUCUAAAGGCCACCCUGAGUUUGUUUGGUGAAGAAGCCUUUAAACACUCAAUGGUCAUCAUAACUGAAGAAGGGAGUGAAACGAGUUUUGCUUUUAACACACUAAUCAAAGAAUGUCAAGGUGGACAGUACAGCCUGUCUGAAAAUAAUCACCAGAAAUUAAUGGAGAAGAUUGAAGAUAUUGUGAAAAGAGACAGCAGUGCUUUCCUUAGCAUCAAAGAGGUUGGAGCGGCAUCAAAAUGUGACCAAUCGCUGCCAUCUUUAAACCUGGUUCUGUUUGGGAGGAAAGGAGCAGGGAAGACCUCAGCAGCCAAAGCCAUUCUAGGUCAGACACAUCUUCAUUCAGGCUACAGCUCGUCAGAGUGUGUUAAACGCCAGGGAGAGGUGUCUAAACGUAGAGUUUCUGUGGUAGAACUGCCUGCCUUGUAUGGAAAAGCUCAGCAGGAAGUGAUGAAGGAUUUGUUCAGUUGUGUCUCUCUCUGUGAACCUGAGGGUGUCCACGCCUUCAUCCUGGUCCUCCCUGUGGGUCCCCUCACUGAUGAAGACAAGGGAGAGUUACACACCAUCCAAGACACCUUCAGCUCUCGGAUCGACAACAACACAAUUAUUCUGUUCACUGCAGAUUCUGAUCGUAAACAUCCAAAUGUGGCUAACUUUUUUGACCAAAAUAGCGAAUACGCAGAGCUUAUUAAGAGAUGUGGAGGAAGAUAUGUUGUUGUCAAAAAUAAGGACAGUAAGCAGUUCUCUACUGUAAUCGAUUUUGUGGUAAAAAUGAAUCAAAGCUGCUACACAUCAGCAACCCAAGGUAAGAACAAGUGGACUAAUGAGUGCCUCAGGAUUGUUCUGAUUGGGAAGUCUGGGUCUGAGAGGAGCUCCUCGGGAAACACUAUCCUGGGUAGAAAUGUGUUUGAAGCUUUUAGUGCAACAUCAGUCACAAAGUGCUUUAAGAAAUGCGUGGGUGAGGUGGACGGCCGUCCUGUUGCUGUGGUGGACACCCCUGGUUUGUUUGAUAACAGUUUAUCAAACAAAGAAGUACAACAAGAGUUGCUUAAAUGUCUUAGCCUUCUGGCACCAGGCCCACAUGUCUUCCUGGUGGUGGUACCAAUCGGAACAAGAUUAUCAGCAGAGGAGAAAGAGACAUUAGACCUCAUUAAAGAAGGUUUUGGCCAAGGUUAUGAAAAGUAUUCGAUCAUGCUUUUUACCAGAGGCGAUAAGCUAAAGGGAAAUAAACAGUCCAUCCACGAUUUUAUACAGAAAAACUGCAGAGAUCACUCCUUCAAAAAGAUUAUCAACAGCUGCGGCGGAGGAUAUCAUAUGUUUGACAACAGUGACACCCAAAACCGCGGACAAGUGAUAGAGCUGAUCAGAAAGAUUGACACCAUGGUGUUUAAAAAUGGAUGCUUCACCAACAAGGUGCUGCAAGAGGCUGAGAGAGCCAUACAGGAAAAGAUUAAACAAAUCCUCAAGGAGAAAGAUAAAGAAAUAGAGAGAGAAAAGAAGAAACUAGUAGAAACAUACCAGAAGGAAAUGAUGAAAAAAAAAAUUGAAGAAGAGAAAGCAAAUAAUCAAAAAGCAACCAAGAUGGAAGAUGAUAAAACAAAACAGAUAAAGAAUAAACUUCAGCAGGAUCAAGAAGAAAUUAUGGAAGAACAAGAGGCUAAGAUGGAAGAUCUUUACUCAAAUCCUGACCAAUCAGAUGAUAUUUAUGAACAUAUUUAUGAAGGUUUUGUUGAAGCAGAACAACAAGAAAGUUAUUAUGAAACGCUGAAAGAAGACGUCAAACUGCGGAAAGAGCAGGUUGAACAUUUUGAAGAAAGGGAAGGAAUUUACUCAAAUGAUUUGGUAUAUACAUUAUUACAUAAGUUAGACAAACUAAUAGAAACACAUGAGGAGGAAGCUCGACGAAAGGCUGAGGAGCUCAAUGAUUUCAAAGAAAAAAAUACUAAAAUAUUUGAAGCUCAGGCAAAAGUAGGUGAAAAAAAGAACGAUAAAGGCUAUAACAUCCUAAAGGCCCUGAAGGAGCUCACUGAGAAGAGAAAUCGAACCAAUAACAGAAAAGAAGUCACUGACUUGGUGAAAAGUUUAACCGGACGCAGUGAGGUAAAGAACAUGCUUUUAAAACAAGCAAAGGAGAUGAAAAAGGUCUCUCAAAAGGAUUCCUGUCAACUGGAAAAACUUCACGAAAAAGAGCUGAGUGAUCUGAUUGAGCAGCUUUUGGAUAGAAUGGGACAAACUGCUUUACUUCAUUAGACGAACCUAGCAGACUGAAACACAGCAGGUCGUCACUAUAAAGCCCCAUUUCCACUUGCCUUUUGAAACCGUGAUGAGAUCGGUCCGAGCACGGUAACCGAGCUAACUGUUGAUUGCAAACAGAACUCAGCUGAACUGGACCGUACCAGACCCAACUGAACCGCGCUAAACUAGUUCUAGUUCAUCAGUAGGGCUCGGCACGGUUCAUCUGUGGCUCAGUUCUCUAAUAACAAAAAACGCAUCAGCAGACGAACACAUCUCCUGUUUACAGUCAGCUCACUCAUGUAGCGGGUUUUCUGACCUGUCCGGCUUUUUAAUCCUCACAUCUCUUCACAGCACAGAUGCUUCUCAGGUUAGUGUGGUGUGACCUGGGAUGAUGCAGAGACCGAGGCUCUCAUGGAAAUUUGGGCGAAGGACGCUAUCCAGGCACAUAGGUCCCUGAAUGUUAUAGGUGCCACCAUUUUUGUUUGCAUAAUUCUCAUCUUGAGAACUGUAAUGUUGGGUUUAAAUCCAGAGAAAUGUGAGUUUAAGAGUUUAAGAGGACGAAAUGAUCAAACACAGACAGGGAUUUGCAACGUCAGCCUCUGCACAGGGGAGAAGAACUGCUGGCUCACAACCAGCACCUUUUCUCACUGAUCCCUUCACAGCAAAGCCUUUUAUUAACAGUUUAUUAGAUAAUAGGGCGGGUCUUAAACAGAAAACCCUGUAAUGAUUAUCUGGCAGGAUGCAGGUCAUAAGACAGUGUGACUCUGCCUUAUGACCUACUGGCCGGAGGCAGGUCAUAAAGGAUAUGACCCUGAAAUGACCAUCUGGCUGGAUGCAAGUCACACAACAGUGUGACUCUGCCUCCUGACCUACUGGAUGCAGGUCAUAAAAGUUUAUGACCCUCCUGAUUGAAUCACAGGACAGAAAUGUAGCAUCUCCUUUCUUCAAUGUUUCAUAUGCACACACAUUAAUUUUAUAAUUGUAACCCUAACAUCAUGGACCUCCGACAGGAGAUGAGGAUGUGCGAGGAUGUGCUAGCGUGAUGUGGAAAUGGACGUAAGAACCAAGCUUGGCAUCGUUAAUGGAUCCAAGCUCGGUUCUAACUCGGCACGGAUCGGUUUGAGAGGAUAGUGUAAAUGGGGCAUAAGCCAGGCUUUAUAUUAACGGCCAUCAACAAUUCCUAGUAAAAAAAAUAAAAAAAAA